UCAUUAAAUUAUUAAGGUUUACUAAUUAAGCCUUUAAAUAAUAUUUCUGUAAAUUUUUAAAACCUGACUUUUGAUACAGACGCCAACAUUUUAAAGCUGUCAUGGAUUUUAAGAGUCUCAAUAUUAUCUAUAAAAAUCUUUUUAGCAAUUACCUUGGCUGACUGCUCAUAUACAAAAUAAACUGAUUAAAUCAAGGGAGCUAUUGGAUCCUCUCUAGUUCCAAAACCCUAAUGAAGGGUUUUAUGAAAAUUAAAAUCCAAAGUCUUACCACAGAAAUAUAAAGUGACUUUUUUUUUUUUUUUUAAACAGAUGAAAAGGUAAUGCUUGGGAUGCCUGCAAGUGACUAGAAGUUGGAAAGGGAAGUUCUGAUGUGACCCAAAUUUGUUGGCAACAAUCCAAAAGUCUGACAACUACUCCACUGAUAAAGCUGUGGGAAAAACAGGCACUCACAUACACUGCUGAUUGGACUGCAAAAUGCCAGCAUACUCAUGGAUGGGUAUGUGGCCAUAUUAGGCAAAUUUAUAUAUGGAUUUACCAUUUGAACUAACUUCUGGGAAUAUAUCCUAAAAUAAGAUGUGUUACCAUGAUUAUUCAUUACAGCACUAUUUGUAAUAGCAAAAGGCUGGAAACCACCCAGAUGUCCAUCCAUAGGGAAGUAGCUGAAUAUAUUAUGGUACUAAUUUUAUUUAUGGCUGGGGAGCUUAUCCAGGCUGGCUCCUUAGUCUUUGACACGGCCCUAACAGUUUUUGGCUGGUUUCUGAAUUACAUUGUUGAAGUUGAAUAUAUUAUGGCACAUCUACACAAUGGAGUACUGUAUAGAAAUGAGGAAUAGCUCUAUAUGUUAGUAUUAUAUAAUCUCUAGAAUUUAUUAUAAAGUGAAAAAAGGUGGAGAAAAGUAUGCUACUACUGUUUAUCUAAGAAAAGCGUAGGUAUAAACAUGCAUAACAUUUUUAAAAUGAAAAAUGAAUCAUAAAAAGUGUUUAAGUCAUUACUUAUAGGGCAGGAAGGAAAAAGUAGGGGGACCAAGGAUUUUCAAAAUAAAGGGAGUUACAGAUGUGUAAUCAAAGAGGUUAAAUAAAACCUUGACUUCCUGAAUUUGAAUCGGAAGUAUCAAUGAGUUCAUGAUAUAUUUGAUUUAAAAGACAAAAACCAAACCAAAACAAACCCAUACUAACCAGCUCUGUCCAUUGAACAGGUAUAGAAACAAUCAAACUCAUUAACAACACGACAAACAUUUUUUGUUUGUUUGUUUGUUGUUCCUUGCAGUGCUAGCUUAAAGGAGACAAACAUUCAGUUUAUGCUCUUUAAAUACCAUUUCCCACUAAAGGAUCCAGGGCACUUAGGAGUAAUGGCUUAUUAUGGGUAUGGAGUAAGAAAUACACAAAAUGAGCCUGGAAAGCAAAGACUACUAGGAAAGUAUCAAAAAGACUCAGGAGCCAACCUGAGUAAACUCUCACAGGCCUAAAAUAAAACAACUUGAGCACUAAUAGUGGUAAUAGCUACAAUGGAUUACAACUCACCAAACUUCUUUAAAUCCCUGGAUUCAUAAUGAUGGCUGUUUACUUUUGAGGGUUUUUAAAAAAAAUCCAGCAGAGAUUUUUAAAUAGUAUAUGGUAGUGAUCUAAUUUUAUUUUCCAUUAGAAUAACCAUUCAUUCAGCAUUACUUAUUGAGUAAUUAAUCAUUUUCUCAUUAAUACAUAAUGCCAGUAUAUCAAAUUCCCAAAUACAUAGAUAUGGGUCUCUUCUUGGGGCUCUGUAUCUCCUUCCUUUAAUUGUCCAUCUUAGUGCAUUUAAUAAUACAAGACUGUCUCAAUUAUUAUGGCUUUAUUGUAACUCAUUACCUGGUAGGACAAGACCUUCCAAUCUUACUUUUCUUCUUCAAAAUUGUUUUAAAUACUGUAAAUAUUUUUUCUACAUAAAUGUGAAAAACGUUAGAAUGGCAACUGCAGCAGACAUACAUAGCUUAUUUUUUUAAGAUUAACAGCAACUUUAUACUAGCAAAAUGAAAAAAAUUAACUGAAUAAACAGGUAACUGAAUUAACUAACUGUAACACUGGACUACAAAGUUAUACAAGAUUAAAAGUUAUGAGGUACUAUUUAUUAUACGUAAAUAUUACAAAUAUUUUUUGUUAAAAAUAUCUAAGGCUUUUGAGUUUUUGAAAUGCAAGCUUUCCCCUAUACUUAAGUAUAUUCAUUAUCUUACUGUUUUGGUCAGGACAAGAACUGAAAAAGAGAAAUAAUCUUGAGUUCAGAAUGAACAAUUCUUGCUAUACAUAUUUUCCCACAUAUGUUAGGAAUGUUCUGUAACUUUCCGAGAAAUAGUGACUUGAACUAAAUACUAAACUACUACCAAGCCCCAGGUGCAUUUUUGGAAGUUUUUAGUCAUUGGGAGCCAUGGCAUUUCUUUUCUCUGUAUUACAAACUGUUACACUCACUUUCUUUGACUAUUAACAUUGGAACAGUAGACCUCCUGUUCUGUGACUGACUGGCAGGCAGAAAUGACACAGACAGGAAAUGGGAAAUGGUUCAGGGUCUUGGAAUUCCCCCUGGCUCCCUAAUUAAGUGGCUUACUAUUUGGAAGUUUUUAAAAUGUUUGCCCCUUGGGGUUCCCCAGAGAGAAGCAAUCAUCGGAUUCAAUGGGCAAAGAGCGUCAACUUCAAAAGUCGUUCGUUGGCUGUCAUACCACAAACAUUUAUUUACUGCAUGCCACCAUGUCUAUGGCACUAUUGGGGGAGUAUGGCGGGGGGAUACAAAAGGUUCAGGACUAGCAAAAGCCAAGGGUUUUUAUUUACAAAUUUUCUAUUACCUAAGCAUUAAAAAAAAUUGGGCUCCUCUGUGGUUUAUGUACAAUUAUAUGUGCAUGUACACCAAUACACAGGCAGACGUAUAUAUUUCAUUUUAUUGAAACAUUCAGAAAAUACUGGGAGUGAAGCCUGACUUGCAAUACAGUUCUCUUUGCUGGCAAUGAGCAUCUGAAAUAAUGACACUUUUUUCUUUAGUGCAUAUGCACUGUUUGUCUCCAGAACAGAAAACCAAAAGUUUAAAAACAAGAUACUCCAGUUGACAUCAAGUCUUCAGAACUAUUCAUCUGAUGCUUCCUACUUUCCAACGUUUCGCUUUUUUCGAUUUGCACAGGCAGCUGUUGAACGCUGAUGCUACACAAACGGUUACAAUUGUUUACUUAAGCAGAAAAUGCCACCAGACUGACUCCAUCCUCAAAAUGCAGUCAUCUCGACGGGGGGAGGCAUCACACUAGGGCAGCCUUGCCAGGGGCCAGAUCAUAACCCUGAGGUGACACAGGGUAGGACGCGCAAAACCACCGGCGCCAGGGCGUUUCCGCAGGGUUUCCCAAAAGUCAAACGCAGCGGCUCACGGUUUGCCACGUCCCCCAGGAGAAUGGUAGGCACAGAGAGGAAAUGUGGAGGGGGCACAAACCGCAAGGUGAAGAAAACGAACACGGAGUUGGUACGGAUAGUCCCCGUUCCCCUGAGGGUCGACCCCGUGACUCCCGAUGAGCGUCCAGUUGCGCCGGGCGUCCCUGGGCCUCCCAGCGUCUUUCCCGGAGGUUUGUCUCCCCACGGCGGAAAGCACGCUCGGUUCCGCUUUCCGGCCCCAGCCUCCCGGGCGCCCUCGCGCGGCGGCUAACGCUGGUCCUCGGCCGGGCGCGCUGACGUCAUCGUGCGUCGGAGUGAGCCCGGAUGGGGCGGCGGGCUUCGGGAGCGCUGGGGCUGAUCCGAGCCGAGCGGGCCGUAUCUCCUUGUCGGCGCCGCUGAUUCCCGGCUCUGAGGAGGCCUCUAGGCAGCCGCGCAGCUUCCGUGUUUGCUGCGCCCGCACUGCGAUUUACAGUCCUGAAGAAUCUCCCUAUCCGUAUUUUGUCCCCCUGCAGUAAUAAAUCCCAUUAUGGAGAUCUCGAAACUUUAUAAAGGGAUAUAGUUUGAAUUCUAUGGAGUGUAAUUUUGUGUAUGAAUUAUAUUUUUAAAACAUUGAAGAGUUUGCAGAAAGAAGGCUAGUAGAGUUGAUUACUGAUACUUUAUGCUAAGCAGUACUUUUUUGGUAAUACAAUAUUUUGUUAGGCGUUUCUGAUAACACUAGAAAGGACAAGUUUUAUCUUGUGAUAAAUUGAUUAAUGUUUACAACAUGACUGAUAAUUAUAGCUGAAUAGUCCUUAAAUGAUGAACAGGUUAUUUAGUUUUUAAAUGCAGUGUAAAAAGUGUACUGUGGAAAUUUUAUGGCUAAGUUUAUGGAGAAAAUACCUUCAGUUGAUCAAGAAUAAUAGUGGUAUACAAAGUUAGGAAGAAAGUCAACAUGAUGCUGCAGGAAAUGGAAACAAAUACAAAUGAUAUUUAACAAAGAUAGAGUUUACAGUUUGUGAACUUUAAGCCAAACUCAUUUGACAUCAAGCACUGUAACAGGCACAGGUUCAACAAAGGUUGUGGGUAUUGACUUCCCCAAAAGUUGUCAGCUGAAGUAAUAUAGCCCACUUAAGUAAAUACUAUGAUGAUAAGCUGUGUGAACUUAGCCUUUAAAUAGUGUGACCAUAUGAAGAUUUUAAUUAUUUUUGUUUAUUGGAAUAAAAUGAGAUUUUUUGGGAUGUCAUGUUAAAGUGCUUAUGGGGAAAGAAGGCUGCAUGUAAUUUUUUACCUUGUGGCAUAAUCAGUAAUUGGUCUGUUAUUCAGGCUUCAUAGCUUGUAACCAAAUAUAAAUAAAAGGCAUAAUUUAGGUAUUCUGUAGUUGCUUAGAAUUUUGAUAAUAUAAAUCUCUGUGAAGAAUCAAGGAGUUUUAACAUUUUCAGAAGCGCAUCCACCUUUCAGGGCUUUAGGUUAGUAUUACUCAAGAUUAUGAACAAAUAGCACUUAGGUUACUUAAAAGAGUUACUACAACCCCAAAGAGUUGUGUUCUAAGUAGUAUUUUUGGUAAUUCAGAGAGAUACUCAUCCUACCUGAAUAGAAACUGAGAUAAAUCCAGUAAAGAAAGUGUAGUAAAUUCUACAUAAGAGUCUAUCAUUGAUUUCUUUUUGUGGUAAAAAUCUCUUUUUGUGGAAGAAAUUUCAUGUGAAUGUUUUAGCUAUCAAACAGUACUAUCACCUACUCAUGCACAAAACUGCCUCCCAAAGACUUUUCCCAGGUCCCUCGUAUCAAAACAUAAGAGUAUAAUGGAAGAUAGCACGAUCUUGUCAGAUUGGACAAACAGCAACAAACAAAAAAUGAAGUAUGACUUUUCCUGUGAACUCUACAGAAUGUCUACAUAUUCAACUUUCCCCGCCGGGGUUCCUGUCUCAGAAAGGAGUCUUGCUCGUGCUGGUUUUUAUUAUACUGGUGUGAAUGACAAGGUCAAAUGCUUCUGUUGUGGCCUGAUGCUGGAUAACUGGAAACUAGGAGACAGUCCUAUUCAAAAGCAUAAACAGCUAUAUCCUAGCUGUAGCUUUAUUCAGAAUCUGGUUUCAGCUAGUCUGGGAUCCACCUCUAAGAAUACAUCUCCAAUGAGAAACAGUUUUGCACAUUCGUUAUCUCCCACCUUGGAACAUAGUAGCUUGUUCAGUGGUUCUUACUCCAGCCUUUCUCCAAACCCUCUUAAUUCUAGAGCAGUUGAAGACUUCUCUUCAUCAAGGACUAACCCCUACAGUUAUGCAAUGAGUACUGAAGAAGCCAGAUUUCUUACGUACCAUAUGUGGCCAUUAACUUUUUUGUCACCAUCAGAAUUGGCAAGAGCUGGUUUUUAUUAUAUAGGACCUGGAGAUAGGGUAGCCUGCUUUGCCUGUGGUGGGAAGCUCAGUAACUGGGAACCAAAGGAUGAUGCUAUGUCAGAACACCGGAGGCAUUUUCCCAACUGUCCAUUUUUGGAAAAUUCUCUAGAAACUCUGAGGUUUAGCAUUUCAAAUCUGAGCAUGCAGACACAUGCAGCUCGAAUGAGAACAUUUAUGUACUGGCCAUCUAGUGUUCCAGUUCAGCCUGAGCAGCUUGCAAGUGCUGGUUUUUAUUAUGUGGGUCGCAAUGAUGAUGUCAAAUGCUUUUGUUGUGAUGGUGGCUUGAGGUGUUGGGAAUCUGGAGAUGAUCCAUGGGUAGAACAUGCCAAGUGGUUUCCAAGGUGUGAGUUCUUGAUACGAAUGAAAGGCCAAGAGUUUGUUGAUGAGAUUCAAGGUAGAUAUCCUCAUCUUCUUGAACAGCUGUUGUCAACUUCAGAUACCACUGGAGAAGAAAAUGCUGACCCACCAAUUAUUCAUUUUGGACCUGGAGAAAGUUCUUCAGAAGAUGCUGUCAUGAUGAAUACACCUGUGGUUAAAUCUGCCCUGGAAAUGGGCUUUAAUAGAGACCUGGUGAAACAAACAGUUCAAAGUAAAAUCCUGACAACUGGAGAGAACUACAAAACAGUUAAUGAUAUUGUAUCAGCACUUCUUAAUGCUGAAGAUGAAAAAAGAGAAGAGGAGAAGGAAAAACAAGCUGAAGAAAUGGCAUCAGAUGAUUUGUCAUUAAUUCGGAAGAAUAGAAUGGCUCUCUUUCAACAAUUGACGUGUGUGCUUCCUAUCCUGGAUAAUCUUUUAAAGGCCAAUGUAAUUAAUAAACAGGAACAUGAUAUUAUUAAACAAAAAACACAGAUACCUUUACAAGCGAGAGAACUGAUUGAUACCAUUUUGGUUAAAGGAAAUGCUGCGGCCAACAUCUUCAAAAACUGUCUAAAAGAAAUUGACUCUACACUGUAUAAGAACUUAUUUGUGGAUAAGAAUAUGAAGUAUAUUCCAACAGAAGAUGUUUCAGGUCUGUCACUGGAAGAACAAUUGAGGAGAUUGCAAGAAGAACGAACUUGUAAAGUGUGUAUGGACAAAGAAGUUUCUAUUGUAUUUAUUCCUUGUGGUCAUCUGGUAGUAUGCCAGGAAUGUGCCCCAUCUCUAAGAAAAUGCCCUAUUUGCAGGGGUAUAAUCAAGGGUACUGUUCGUACAUUUCUCUCUUAAAGAAAAAUAGUCUAUAUUUUAACCUGCAUAAAAAGGUCUUUAAAAUAUUGUUGAACACUUGAAGCCGUCUAAAGUAAAAAGGGAAUUAUGAGUUUUUCAAUUAGUAACAUUCAUGUUCUAGUCUGCUUUGGUACUAAUAAUCUUGUUUCUGAAAAGAUGGUAUCAUAUAUUUAAUCUUUAUCUGUUUAUUUACAAGGGAAGAUUUAUGUUUGGUGAACUAUAUUAGUAUGUAUGUGUGGACCUAAGGGAGUAGUAUCACUGCUUGUUAUGUAUCAUUUCAGGAGUUACUGGAUUUGGUGUUCUUUCAGAAAGCUUUGAAUACUAAAUUACAGUGUAGAAAAGAACUGGAAACCAGGAACUCUGGAGUUCAUCAGAGUUGUGGUGCCGAAUUGUCUUUGGUGCUUUUCACUUGUGUUUUAAAAUAAGGAUUUUUCUCUUAUUUCUCCCCCUAGUUUGUGAGAAACAUCUCAAUAAAGUGCUUUAAAAA